AUGGUUCAAGAAGAAAGAGCACGGGAAAUAGCACAACUAAAUACUCUCAGUCAGAAAGUCUGUUAUUUUCAUACAAGUAUAUUAUACUACAGAAAUGCGAAAACGAAGCUAGGAGCUACCUGUCAUGAAGCAUGGAGAACAUUAAUAAAAAGAAUUGGGGGUACGCCAAACACAUGGAAGGAUCUUGGGAAUUGUUUAGGUUUAACACAAGAUGAUUUGGAUUACAUAACAAAUAGUGUGAGGGAAAAUCCAGCUGAUACAGUGCUAAAAGUGUUUAUGCAAAAUGAAAAAGCAACAUUAGAUAAAGUUUUGGAUGCUUUAGUUAAUAUGAAGCGAUAUGAUAUACUUAAAGCUGUUGAAGAGCCAUUUUGUGAACUAUCUCAAUGUUUUAAUAGAGAUGAUAGUGGUUAUGAUAGUGCAAGUAAAACCACCGGCACAAGGGAAAUAAUAAGUUUCACAAAAAACCUAACUAUAGAUUUACCGCCAGCUUUGAAUAAAAACUUUGUGAUAAAAGAUAAAGAGCCUGGCAAACCCAAUCAACCAACUCUUAGACCGUCAAUUAAAAAUGAUGUGAAGAAGAUAGAAAAUGAAGAGCCAAUUUUAUUUUUAACAUAUACCGAGGAUGGUUUCACAACAGCAGCUAAUAUUAAGCAAUAUGUUAAGAACUGGACAGAUUAUUCACGAGUAAAUGUCAUUACACUUAAUGAGCGAAGAGAUGAAGUUUACCAAAACCCAGAAAAAUUCAUAAGAGAGUACUUUGAAAAGGCUGACUAUAUAGUACCUAUAAUAACUACAGGAUACCUGAAUGAAAUAAAAUCACAUAUACCAAGAGUGCCCACUACUAAUGAUAACUUGGACUUUAAAUAUGUUAACUUUAUAUAUAAUUUAAUAGUUAACCAUUACAUUCAUGCAUCUGGAUGUUUGAAUCAAAAAGUACGAAGUGUACUGCCACAAAAUGCAGAGGUUAAUGUCUUAAGAGAUAUAACAAUGUACCCCGAUUUGAUGCCUUGGACAUAUGAAACUAACUUUGAUGAAAACUUUAAAGCUUUUUUGAAUAAAGAAUACUCAACAUUU